ACUGCAGCUGCUCUGUGUGUUUAUUGUGCAGUCUCGCCCUCCACAGUACUGUGGCGCUGUUGGCACAAUGUCGCAGCGUCAAGGCAUGUGCCAUGUGGCGCUUUCGUUACUCUAUGUGUGUUUAACUUUUUCCAGCUCUGCGCAGACCGAUCACUUUAUGACAAAAAGCAUGCGGACUUAGAAUAACAUCUCUAAAGCAUACAGAGCAGUCAGUUCACAAAUAGCUCUCACUGUGCUUUGAUGUCGCCGAUCAGUCUGCGAUCAAACAUCAGUGGCACGAGUGUUCACCGGUGUUGUUCCGCUCGCGCGACAGGCGGGAAUUCAAAAUAACGGAUCGCAACAACCUCUCGACUGUCCCAUUGGAUGUAAGUAAAGUCAAAAUAUAUAAAUAACUUAAAUAUACUAACUAUAUACUAUUUAUAUAAAUGUAUACUCUGACACGUCUAAUUGUAUGGCCGCUUUUGGCUGUUUAAACCAUUUAUUUACACAGUGUGAAACGGCAUGUUUUAGCCGAGAUCCUAACGAAUAUAAGUUAAGAUGAAGCUUGUGGGGCUAACGUUAAAUGGGUAACGUUAGUGUUGACUUUUAGCCACUUUUAGCUAUUAUGUUCACUUUUAGUGAAUGUAUAGCUCUUUUUUUAACUUAUUGAUGUUUGUGUUGAAUGGUUUUCCCACCCAUGUUACAUAAAUUGUCUGUAAUUAAAUAUUUGUAUCAUUGUAAUGAUAGUGGUUUUGUUGAGUAGUGGCAACUAGGGAUGUGCACAUCGAUGCUGCAGUAUCGAUACAUCGAUAUUCAAAAGCUGCUAUUUAGGUAUCGAUAUUUUCUGAAAAGUAUCGAUUAUCUUGUUAAUUACAUUAAUAGUUUCAGCAUAACUAAAUGUUAGCUCUGCGCAUGCCGAUCAGUGACGCUAUGUUAUGAAAGUAGCUCUCGCGGCAGUUUGACGUCACACACGGAUCGGUCUCCGGCUGCGCAGCGCGAGCGACGUGGUCACGUGAUAUUCAGGCACGUACACAUACACAACACGCAUGCAUUGCACACUUCCGCAUCAAACAGAGAUGUUGACAUGUUGCUUUUCUUAAACUCCAAUCUACAAUUUAAAGAUUAGGAAUUCUUAAUCAGCAAUUGAAGUGAAAAACAAGUGAAAAAUUUUCAGUAUUUUCCAGUUGAGCAGCAAAAAAAUGGGCAACCAAGGCCAACAGACCCAGCCCACCCUGAUGCUCAUCCUUGCACUGCCUGGGACACCUAAGGCCAACAGGCGCAACUCCUGUUCUCUUUUUGCCAUAAAUACAUAUCUACUUGAGCAAUGCAAAAUUGUGAAAUGUACUAUAGAAAUAAUUUUUACUUUGACUACAUGGAUCCUCACACCACCUGGUAAUAGCAGGAAACCCAUUUGGAGAGAACAGCAUUGUUUUCUCUAGCUCGCAAGGAUUUGCUAUUUGGCAAAUUACAACUUUACCAUGGGUGUAGGCCUUGCUAUGAGACACUACGUUUUUGCUGGACUUUUUUUACAAUUGUACAUUUGUACAAAGUACCUGAAAUAUGUCUGUAUGUACAGUGUAUUUAAAAUUAAGGCAAAUUAUUUGGUUUUGUUAUGAUAAAGACUUUUCACUUAUAACAAUAUCACCAACACAAUAUUAAUUAUACAUGUGAUUUCAUGAAUUUAGAAUGGUAAUGUUCAAUAUUGACCAUUCUGUAAAUAUUUAUUCAAUGUAAAUUGUUGUUGUUUAUCAAUAAACUGUUGUAUUUGAUUUAGUAUUUUCUAUCUUAUUAAAAUAUUGUGAAUAGCAAAUAUAAACUGUGAAAUGGUGCCUUGAAGCACCCAAGAUGGUUCCAGACCAUUUUAAUAAAAGGGAUCCCCAAGAAGCCUUGAGGGUUCCUCGGAGAACCGCCCUUCAUUAAGCGGUGCCUUGAGUUUCCCCUGAGGGUUCUGCCGGCGUGGCAAUGUGAAGAACCCCAAAUGGUUCCUCAAAGUACCUUUAAUUUUUACAGUGCAGGUAGGUAACCGUGGAAACAUGCCCUGCUAUUGCUGUAAAUGAUCAAGAUCUGACUACUGUGUGUUCAAUAAAAUCAUUCCUUAAAUGAGUCUUUUUCUGAUCAAUAACAGUGGGAGCUUGUUAUAGUAUAAGUAGCUCAUUUAAAGCUAUAUUAUUUCAAGGUAUGUGUUUAAACCUUUCCGCCUGUUAAUUUAGGAACGUAAUAAAAUAUUGGAAAGGGAAUUUGUUGCUAUUUUAAGCUUCAGAAUUCAAAUAAAGUGUAAGACGAAAAGAUGUCACCCAACAUACGCUUUCAUGGGUAAGUGUAUUCACACUGUUUUCAAGGUGAAAAGACGACAGCAAAUUUACAGUAUUAUACAGAUUCAUAUAAAUGUAUGUGUAUUUGUGUGCGUGAAUCAACCACAACGUACACACAUUUACAUUUAUUCAUUUGGCAGACACUUUUAUCCAAAGCGACUUACAAGUAGGAGAGCAACACGCUAAACAGUACCGUUAAUUUACAAGGCCAUGCUACUAGGAGGAUUAAAGCUGAAGUAAGCAAAGGAGAGAAUAACUCAUCUCUGACAUUAGGACAUGUGCCUAAAGCAUAUAAGGUGGCUGUUAUAAGGCCCCUUGUCAAAAAACCCCAACUCGACCCUAGAGAACUAAGGAACUACAGGCCUAUAUCGAAUCUACCUUUCAUAUCUAAAGUUCUGGAAAAAGUAGUUUCAACUCAAUUAUGCUCCUUCCUCCAAAGGAAUGACAUCAAUGAAGAAUUCCAGUCUGGAUUUAGAGCAUGUCACAGUACAGAGACUGCUUUGAUCAGAGUUACAAAUGAUCUGCUAUUGGCGUCUGACCGAGGUUGUAUCUCGUUAUUGGUGCUGCUAGACCUUAGUGCUGCAUUCGAUACCAUUGACCACAGCACACUCCUACAUAGACUCGAAAAUUAUGUCAGCAUUAAGGGAAUAGCUUUGAAAUGGUUUAAAUCUUAUUUAUCUGACCGUUUUCAAUUUGUAGCAAUAAACAAUGAGGUGUCACGCAAACCGCAAGUCCAGUACGGUGUACCACAGGGCUCAGUCUUAGGGCCUCUGCUCUUCGCAUUAUACAUGCUACCUCUAGGAGAUAUAAUAAAGCGACACGGAGUUAGCUUUCACUGUUAUGCUGAUGAUACUCAACUUUAUAUUUCCUCGAAGCCUCAUGAAACACAGCAGUUCCAUCGAAUAAUGGAAUGCAUAGUCGAUAUAAAAAACUGGAUGAGUAACAACUUUUUAUUACUGAACUCGGACAAAACGGAAGUGUUACUUAUUGGACCGAAAACUGCUAUAAGUAACAACCAAGAAUACUGUUUAACUAUUGACGGAUGUUCCAUAAAACCCUCGUCGUCAGCAAAGAAUCUUGGCGUUCUAUUCGAUAGUAAUCUGUCAUUUGAGAGCCACGUCGCCAACACCUGUAAAAUUGCGUUUUUCCAUCUUAAGAAUAUAUCUAAACUACGUCAUAUGCUGUCAAUGUCAGAUGCAGAGAAGUUAAUUCAUGCAUUCAUGACAUCAAGACUAGAUUACUGUAAUGCACUGUUAGGUGGUUGCCCUGCAGGCUUAUUACAAAAACUCCAAUUGGUCCAAAACGCGGCAGCUCGAGUUCUUACACGUACAAAAAAGUAUGAACAUAUUAGCCCGGUUCUGUCAACCUUGCACUGGUUACCUAUAAAGCAUCGCGUUAACUUUAAAAUCUUGCUUAUUACCUAUAAAGCCUUACAUGGUUUAGCUCCUCAGUACUUGAAUGAACUCCUUUUGUAUUACAGUCCUUCACGUGCAUUACGCUCUCAGGCGUCCUGUCAGUUGGUAAUACCUAGAAUUUCAAAAUCAAGUGCAGGUGGUAGAUCCUUUUCCUAUCUAGCGCCUAAACUUUGGAAUAGUCUUCCCUGCACUGUCCGGGAGGCAGACACACUCUGUCAGUUUAAAUCUAGACUAAAGACGCAUCUUUUUAAUCUUGCAUACACUACUCUUCCAUAAUAUAAAUCUUUAGAGGGUUUAGGCUGCAUUAGUUAGAUCAACCGGAACCAAAAACACAACUGAUGUACUUGUUGCAUCAAAGAGUGCAGAACAGUACUCUACUCUCAGCCAGUCUUGUCUCAUUGUUCCAAGGUUACCACAGCGAGCAGGAUGCAGUUCAUGGCCUGACCUGAUGGUAGAGCGGAGAAUGGGAAGUGGGGACCUGACAAGAGCUGAGAUGAUAGAGCUGGAUAAAGAAGGACGCGGUCUCUUGACAUGUCUUCACCACAAAACUUCAAAUGCUAUUAGAUUAUUAAUGAUAAUCUUAAACUAUAAUUUAUUUUAUUAUUAAGUUUAUUUAUUUUAUUUAGCCUUGUUGUGCAAGUUCUCUGGAGCUUGUGCAGAGGCAGCAGCUUUUGCCAGAGGGGAACUGGAAUCCCCUGGUUGGGCCUGGGUUCUCCUGAGGUUUUUUUUCUCGAUUAGAGUUUUGGGUUCCUCGCCACCGUUUGCAUACUGUUUUUGCACUAUCUGCCUGACCGGGGGGCUGCUUUAGAAUUUUAAAAUUUUACUUAAUUAAUAUUGCAAAUAGGAAUUUAUUAUCUCUCUCCUUUAUCCUAAAUGUGUGCUCUCACUGAGCGUGUAUGUGUGUGCGUACUUGUCUGUGUACGUACGUGUGUGUGUGUUGUGUGUGCGUGUGCGUGCGCAUCUGUUUGUGUGUGUGUCUGUGUGUGUUGGUGCGUGUUGUGUGUGUGGAGUGUUUUGUGUGUGUCUGUGUGUGUUGGUGCGUGUUGUGUGUGUGGAGUGUUUUGUGUGUGGGUGUGUCUGUCUUCUGUGUUUUCAACCUUUUCUUGUUUUUGCAGGUACAACUUUGAUUGUUUUGCUUGUAGUCAAUGUGUCUCAUGUACAGCUGCUUUGUAACAAUGAAAAUUGUAAAAGCGCUAUAUAAAUAAAGUUGAGUUGAGUUGAGAGAAUGACAGAAUUUAGACACAGGACAUAAACAGUUAUUGGUUAGUGAAAUAAAUGCGUAACAGGUAUGUUUUGAGAAAUGAAAAAUAGCUGUUUGGUUAAAAAAAAGUGGCUGACACCACCUGAUGUUUAAAUUGCUUGUUAUAUCAUCUGACUGUUUGUUAGCAGCGAAAGUCCUGCACUUAUUUGAAUGUUUAUUAUUGUGUUUAUGUUAUUGUCAGUAUUCUGAAAAUAGUGUUUUCAAAAAAAAAAAAAGGUAUUUUUAUGA